AUGUCAAGCUUUAUGAGUUCAGUAAAGUUUGAUGUGGAGAAAUUUGAUGGAAUGAACAAUUUUGGCUUGUGGCAAGUGCAAGUCAAGGAUGUGUUGAUACAAUCUGUGUUACACAAGUGCAAGUAUACGUUGUAUCUUUGCUUAAAAUUUGAUUGUGAACUGGCACUGAUUGAUAAUAUAUGCUUGAUUACCAAUUUUUAUCAGAGCAAGAAAAAUCAUUCACUAAUCCAAUUGAAUGUUGAUGCGGAGCCGAAGUUUGUAGAUCUUCGGGAAGCUCUGUCACUGUUAAAAUAUGAUACGAGAAUUGAAACUUCUUACUAUAUUUCGCUAUUGCAAGAAUGUAGGAAUUUAGUUGCAGAAGCAGAAAUUAUCCAUGGACAUAUCGUAAAAACUGGUACUCAUGAAGACUUAUUUGUAAUGACUUUUCUUGUUAAUGUUUAUGCGAAAUGUGGAGUCAUGGAAAUUGCUCGCAAAGUGUUUUAUAAUUUGCCUAGAAGAAAUGUCAUUGCAUGGACAAUUCUAGUGACUGGUUAUGUUCAGAAUUCACAGCCUUUGGUUGCUUUUCGAGUGUUCAUAGAAAUGUUGGAAGUUGGAGUUUAUCCUACAAACUAUACGCUCGGAAUCGUGUUGAAUGCUUGUUAUUCCUUGCAAUCUAUCGAAAUCGGGAAGCAGAUGUGUAUAAGAGACAGGAUCUAUGGAGAUAUCGUAAAAACUGGGACUCAUGAAGACUUAUUUGUAAUGACUUUUCUUGUUAACGUUUAUGCGAAAUGUGGAGUCAUGGAAAUUGCUCGCAAAGUGUUUUAUAAUUUGCCUAGAAGAAAUGUCAUUGCAUGGACAACUCUAGUGACUGGUUAUGUUCAGAAUUCACAGCCUUUGGUUGCUUUUCGAGUGUUCAUAGAAAUGUUGGAAGCUGGAGCUUAUCCUACAAACUAUACGCUCGGAAUCGUGUUGAAUGCUUGUUAUUCCUUGCAAUCUAUCGAAAUCGGGAAGCAGGUUCAUGCAUAUAUCAUCAAAUAUCAUAUAGAUUUCGACACUAGUAUAGUUAGUAUCUACUAG